CGGGUCUGACUGCAAGACUGAAGCGAAUGGUAGAUUAGUAACAUUUUGUGCGCUGCAUGAUAUAGGCUGACUACAACGCAAAGGACCGUACGAGGCGCUUUUGCUAUCUCCCUAAACAUUGCACAGCAUUUUUACGAGCGUACGUAACGUAAAACGUCAAACAAACAGGCCAUCCGCAGGAACCGCAGACACUAUCGCGCGUACAUUGGCGCCCAACUAGUUUAGGAAGGUUUGAUUUCCCGGAAAAUUGUUCAAUGAAAAGUGUCGGAUUAGUGGGAAGUUUCCACGGGUACGAAUACCGGGAAUGUGUACAGUCAUAGUGCGAUAAGAAAGAUGUUUUAAAAUAGUAUUCGCGUAGAAAAAUAGCAAGUGAAUUGUUCAACCCAACACAGCAAGUGAAUAGCCACAGAUCAAUGAAUCUAGGAAGUGGAUGUGAUAAAACGGUUUUCGCACAAGAAAGUUAAUAGAUUAAAACAGUGAAGCAGAGAGUUAUAAGCCAGAAGGAAGUUCUGGGCAGGUGAAGAAAGUGAUUUCAGCGAGAUCCGGUUGAGUCACCGUCUCAGUACGAUUCUGUGUUCUCCACGAUGGUCACCACCGCGGCAGUAUUCUAAUUUCUGAGGAUCCGCCAAACAAUUCCCGAACAGAACAGAACUUUGCCAUGAUGGGUGUCCAAGCGGCAGCUAGUGGCACUAACAAGCGCAAGUACGAGGAUACCUGCGCCUCGACAACAGAAGACAACAUUAACAAUCCAGCGGCAGAAGUUAGCAACAAAAGCCAAUGUUCAAUACUUGAGAAUCACCCCAGCGCAGCGCAAUCUAUACCGCUGGAUGACGGAGCAACUCCUUGCAAGAAUCCACGACUAGAGCAACCGACAGCGGAGCCAAUUGAACCCACAGCAGAACCCAAGCGUUCGGAAGAGCUGUUGCCUAUAGUGACAUUGUCCGUGGCGACCAGUAGUAGCAGUAUAACUACAACCACCUUGUCAGUUUCACCUUUGAUCGCUGGGGCUCCAACCAUCAACAGCCCGCUACUUUUGCCUCCGGCUCACCCCGCCGAGGACAGCAUAGCCAAGCUUGAAGCGGUUGCCGUACCCGGUGAAACCGGUUGGAAUUGUGACCCUAUCGUAGACCCCAUCAGCAAGCUACAGGCCGUAGCCGUACCCGGUGAAACAUGGGGAUCGGAUAGUACUCGAUCGACGCUGGCCACUACUCUAUUGGCUGCGGAUGAUCUCGAUGACGACGACGAUGAUUUCGAGGAUGAUUUCGACGAUGACGAAACGAUAUUGCCGAGCUAUUCACCCAUCCGGUAUCCUUGUUCCCCUAACCGUGGAUACAUGCCGGCUUACCCGAAGCCCGGUUACUUCCCAGAACCUUACCAGAAUUGUUCCCGCGCGGCAAAUAAUGGAGCGCAGCAGUAUUCUAACCGUGGGUACGGAUGGAGCCAGCAUGGUUACUAUUCGCCACCAUAUGAAGCGCCAUCCUCGCAGCAAACGAUACGGUGCGCGGAAAAUGGCAAGUCCUACUUUGAGCUGGGCAGUGCAAACUACACCAACGUGAAUCAGUUCGGUGCACAAGCGCGGCAUCUGAAGCGAUGCUGCGACGGCCGCAAUAUGUCGUGCAAUAACAAGCAAUGCUAUAAAGAGCGACGCUUGAAGAUGAUGAACUUAUCGAUGUUCAAACUUGCCAGGUUCAGGCAGGCCUCCGAUCAAUCACUCUACCGGUCGGUACUGAUCUGCAAUACGCUCAAAUCCAUUGAGCGAGAAAUCGACAACGAGAAUAAGGAGUUCAGCCAUCAACAGCACUUGCAGCAGCAGCACCCUCACCUGUACCAUGCCCCACCUCAUCCACCUCCGCAUCAUUUGCACCAUCCGCACCCGCCACCUCAACAAACACCACCACCCCCGCAAGCUCAAAGCGAGUACGGACCGCUGUACAACGGCAUCAACAGUCGGAUAGGUGGGCCCGACAAGCAGCAACAAACUCCUAAAUUUAGUGAUAUUAGCAAUAAUGGCAGCAGUAACUACAGCAGACUUCAAGGCAGCAAUACAACGACUCAGUCGACUCCCGGCUACGGGUCGAAUGCAACCGAGCAGCAUCCUACGACGAUCACUACGCAAUUAUCGCCAUACGAUCAGCAACCGCCACCGCAACAUCACCUCAGUCCCAUGACGACGGCGUCGACCACCACGGGUCCAGCGCCCAGUCCCCAUCACAAUCAUCCGCUGAAGGAUCCACAAUCAGGUCGGGCGACACCUUUCCCGUCCACUACCAACAGCGGCAGCUCUCUUACCAACGGUUAUCAUGACGGUGAUUCCGGCUUCGGCGACGACGACUGCACCCGCCCAAUCAACUGGGGCUCGGUGCUAAGCCUAUCCUCGCAAUCGGCGCUUGAUCCGUUGAACAACAACGACCUGUUUGUUACUUCUCCAAGCGUUGCGGUAAGCGUCGUCAACGACAGCCAUCACACAGCUAAUGUGACGGUACUAGCGAGUAACGAUAAUUGUGAUAGUAGCACUAGUUUAGCAUUAAGUCGAUCCGGGUCGUCCACGUCCUGUCUUUCAGGCAGCGACGGUAGCCAGAUUAGCAGUGUUAGCAAUAGUGAUAGAAGCAGCAAUAGCAAUCAUACGACCGACAAUUCCAACCCUGCCAGUUCAUCGGUAGCUAAUUCCUCCAGUACAACCACCCUAACCUCCCUUACUACCCUGACUACGACCAACCAUUGUGAUCUGAACCUUACUACCCUAACAACGUCUCCUUCCCCGCUGCUCUCGUCUUGUGCUUCUGCACUUCAGUACCACUCCAGUACCAACGGUUCUAGCUGGGACCUUGCAUAUCUCGACAUGGAUAUGGACGAAAUGUUUCCCAACUGUUACAAAAUAACCUCGUUCAACUCGGACGUCGAUAUGCUGGGGCUCAAAACACCCAUGCUGGAACCGAGCAAAGUGGUCUGUGAUAACGAUAUGGAUUCAUUUACGACGCACAUCAUGGUCGGAAGUUAGUAUUAAGCUCCCGUUAUAGUAGCAUUAGGAUUGUCAAGCUUUCUUCACUCUUGCUCUGCAAUCGAAGAAAGGGAAGAAAGCUUGGCAAGGCGCGCUCUCUCGUUCAAAACCUGAUCCCAUUACCAACCCCAGUACACAAACUCAAAUCUCCACUGUAGAAUCAAGUGUUUGUAAAGGGUCGCGCCAUGUCCAUUCUCAGGUUGUGAAGGCUGUGUUAUACUCAUUAGUUUUUGUUACGUUAAUAAUGACCAAGGUUAUUGAUAAUGUCAAGAAAACAAUUAAUCAAUCCAAUAGCUUUCUCUACUUUAGUUCAAUUUUGUUCUUAUGUCCGAAGCCGAUGAGUUAACUCGAGCCCUUCUUUGGUUUCCCUCUUCCAAACUUACAAAAGCAAAAAUCCUUGCCCAGCGCUGGAGAAACUCACAUACCAGUUCAAAUCAUAAACGUACAAAUGACAGACAACACUAACCCGAUGAAUGAUAAAUAUGAUACGAAUGUGAAAAGAACUAUCUGCUUCUGUCACUAUUGGUUCCUUAUUAGGUUUAGAGCAACAACGGGACAACAUGAAAAACGAUCACAAUUAAGUGGAACACAAAUUAGGUUUACAAAAAUGCAGUACAUAUUAGUGACGGUAGUUGUAACAAAAAUUGUCGAGCAGCAACAACCAACAAUAGAAACAAGGAAUUGUACAACCACACAGUUUUCAAUACAUAUUCGUCGAAGAUGGCGGGACCGUUGAAGUAACUCCAUUUUAGCGUUAUCCAUCAGUUUUAAGGUCACCUUGCAAAAUUACCGAAAGCUUCUCAUCAUUCUUGUUUGUUACAUAGCCAAAUAAUUAUGCAACAAUCAAUGGUAAUGGGAAUUCAAUAAUGGGAUAUGGAAUCGACCCCUGAGUGCCAUAAACAUACGUUCCGUUGAAAAAUUCAACAUCUUUUAGAAAUGGACUCGCUUCAACGUUCUCCCUACGAGGUCUAACUCAAUCCUAUUGAUACUGAAUAACAGAAUACCCUCUUGCGAUCGGCUACGCUCUAAGCGACAGAAAGUUUGGCGAUUCAUAGCUAAUUACAAAAAAAAAUCUAUGCAGCGAUAGCGUACCAGUCCUCACAUUUUUCUUCCCUUAUAUUUUAGUAAUUACAUUUUGCUGUAAUAGUAGAACUGACGAUUCGAAUACAUUCCGCUCACACAUUUGGGUACAUAGUUUGAUUUAAAUCAAGGCAAACAGCGACGAAAAGCUUCUGUUUAAGUGUCUGUUCCACGAGGGUAUUCUCCUACCACUAUCGGAAGAAGGUGAAUGGUUACUAAAAAGGUCAAUUCGAAAACUCUAACAAAAUUCUGUUUUCUCCGCUAACUUGGCAUCUAAUUUCUCAAAGAAGUAUUUGUAUCGAAAGGGAAGGGAUACUACACCUGACUGAACUCAUUAAUACAAGGCAGUCAGCAAGAGCAAAUCGUACCAAAUCUAGUCCUUUGUCAAUCUUUAAAUCAAAUUUUUUACAAGGGUAUUUUUUAUUUCUAUGAGUAUUUCUUACCACCUUUUUUUAUUUUGCAAAGAAAAAACAAUCUAUAAAAUCUUGAGAAAAUUACUAUGUGUGUAAAUAUGCAGAAUAUUUGGAUAUACCGACAGAGAUUUGGAUUUUCCUCGCAAAAAGCAACAACCCUAAACAGCAUUGCUGUUGAUCAAGCGAAUGGAAACAAAUGACGCGGAUAAACAAAUAAUCGAACAAAAUUGUACCAUAAGAGAUUAUAUAUACCUAAUUAAUAUAUUGGACAGAAUGAAACAAAAAUAACACACAAUUAGGGACUAUGCCACAAUUAGUGAGCAAUACUCCUAAACAACAAAAUCAGUACAUACUUGAUUGAAAGCCUGUACAUUUUAAAAAAGGAUGGAGACUACGAUAAUUAUUGGUCAAAAUAAAAAAAAGCAAAAAUAAGCAAGAAAAUACAUGAAUGUAGUUCAUUUUACGAAUUAUUGAAAGAAAAAAUGAAUAAAAUGUCAAAUAAGUAAAGUAAAUUGUUUAGAGUUAUUAUAUUUGAAAGUAAGAUUAAUUUAUUGAAUUUAUUAUAUACAUGUAAAUACAAGAACAAAAAAGUAAAGAAAAUCAUAAAAAAAAAUAAAAUAAAUGAACAUUGAAAAAUUA